AUGAAUGCCGCACGUGCCGGGGGGUGGGGAGAAGCCAUGAGAGAAUACAAAGUAGUUGUGCUGGGCUCCGGCGGGGUGGGCAAAUCGGCGCUCACCGUCCAGUUCGUGACCGGCUCGUUCAUCGAGAAGUAUGACCCCACCAUAGAGGACUUCUACCGGAAGGAGAUCGAGGUGGACUCGUCGCCGUCGGUGCUGGAGAUCCUGGACACGGCGGGCACCGAGCAGUUCGCUUCCAUGAGAGAUCUGUACAUUAAGAACGGCCAGGGCUUCAUCCUGGUCUACAGCUUGGUCAACCAGCAGAGCUUCCAGGACAUCAAACCCAUGAGGGAUCAGAUCAUCAGGGUCAAGAGAUACGAGAAGGUGCCCAUGAUCCUGGUGGGCAACAAGGUGGACUUGGAAGGGGAAAGGGAAGUGUCCUGCGGGGAAGGGAAAGCCCUGGCCGAUGACUGGAACUGUCCCUUCCUGGAAACUUCUGCCAAAAACAAAGGCUCUGUGGACGAGCUGUUCGCUGAGAUUGUCAGGCAGAUGAACUAUGCUUCCCAACCCAAUGGAGACGACCAGUGCUGCUCCUCAUGUGUCAUCCUAUGAGCUCUCCCCCCCCCCAUUGCUCCUCUAUACAAU